AAACACAAAUACAGAAACACCAUGGAUAACAGUAAGACAACGACAUUGCUCUUGUUCAUGUUCUUGUUCACGCUCCUCCUCACCACCUCUCUUUCUAAAGAUCUUUGUCACAAAGAUGACAAAAAAACCCUCCUCAAGAUCAAGAAAUCACUUAACAACCCUUACACCAUCAUCUCCUGGGACCCCAAAGACGACUGCUGCUCGUGGGUUUCCAUUGAGUGCGGCGACGCCACCGUUAACCACCGCGUCACCUCCUUAGACAUAUCAAACGACGAGCUCUCCGCUCAGAUCCCGCCUGAAGUCGGCGACUUACCUUAUCUGCAAACUCUCAUCUUCCGCAAACUCCCUAAUCUCACCGGUGAAAUCCAACCCACCAUCGCCAAGCUCAAAUAUCUCAGUUUUCUCUGGCUCAGCUGGACCAAUCUGACCGGCCCUGUUCCUGCAUUUCUGAGCCAGCUCAAGAACCUCGAGUACAUAAACCUUUCCUUCAAUGACCUCUCUGGUUCCAUACCAAGCUCUCUCUCUUUGUUACCUAAACUCGGGUUUCUUGAACUCAGCAGGAACAAGCUUACAGGUCCAAUACCAGAGUCAUUUGGGUCGUUUCAAGGACAAGUCCCUGACCUUUUCCUAUCGCACAACCAGCUCUCUGGUUCCAUACCAAAAUCACUAGGCAAGCUCGACAUUUACCGGAUCGAUCUUUCCCGUAACAAGCUUCAAGGUGAUGCUUCAAUGUUGUUUGGAGCCAACAAAACGACAUGGUCCAUUGAUUUAUCAAGAAACAUGUUCCAGUUCGAUCUCUCCAAAGUUAAGGUCGCUAAGACAGUUAAUCAAUUAGACUUGAAUCACAAUGGGAUCACAGGGAAUAUUCCUGUUCAAUGGACUGAACUUAGUCUUCAGUCAUUCAAUGUUAGCUAUAACAGACUGUGUGGACGCAUCCCAAAGGGUGGGGAUCUUCAGAGAUUUGAUUCUUAUGCCUAUCUUCACAACAAGUGUCUGUGUGGUGCACCUCUUCAGAGUUGCAAGUGAACAUUCAAGCAAUCAAAGCUUUAUCUUUUCAAAAUAAAUCAAUAAAGUCUCAAGACAACUGUAUUUUCCAUUCCGAAUGAUUAAUAAAUACAUGAUCCAAUCUUGCAUUUGAUGAAAA